AUGCAAGCUCAGAGGACUAAGGCCGAGCUGCAGCAACAUAAAGCAAAACUUGCCGAUUCUUACUCGGAGUUACUCGACCAAUUCGCCUCGAAAGAACUCAAGACUGUGGGAAACUACUCGUUAGGGAAACUCAUUGGCAAAGGCUCCUUCGGCAAGGUCUAUCUUGCCAAGCACAAUUUGACAAAUGGCUCCAAGGUGGUACUCAAGGCCUCGAGUAAAAACGACCCGAACCUUGCGCGAGAAAUCCACCACCAUCGACAAUUCGUCCACCCGCAUAUCGCCCGACUAUACGAAGUUAUAAUAACGGAAUCUCUUGUGUGGCUAGUUUUGGAAUAUUGUCCUGGCGACGAGUUGUACAAUUAUCUAUGUAAAAAUGGACCUCUUCCUGUUGAAACGGCGCAGAAGAUCUUCACUCAGCUGGUCGGAGCGGUUGCAUAUAUCCACAGCAAAUCAUGUGUUCAUCGGGAUCUGAAGCUGGAAAAUGUCCUGCUCGACAAAAACGACAAUGUUAAACUCUGCGAUUUUGGCUUCACCAGGGAGUACGAGGGCAAAGCGAAUUAUCUUCAAACAUUUUGUGGCACAGUGUGUUACAGCGCACCGGAGAUGCUGAAGGGCGAGAAAUAUGCGGGCGAGAAGGUGGACGUUUGGAGUCUGGGAAUCAUUCUUUACGCCUUGUUGAAGGGGGAACUGCCCUACGACGAAGAUGACGACGCAGCUACGAAAGCGAAGAUAUUGAAAGACGACCCCGUCUAUCCCGACACCUUCCCGGAAACCGCAAAGACUCUGAUCUCCAAGCUACUCUCGAAGCGGCCCCUGCACAGACCCAGCUUGUCAGAUAUUCUCGCAGAUCCUUUUCUGUCGGACCACGCGCCUCAGCAGCAAGCGAUUCUGAAACUCUCGCAGCCAGCAGCAUUCACUACUCAGCUGGAAAAGGACACACUUGAAAGGAUGAAGUCGGCAGGCGUGGACAUCGACAAAGUCAUCGAGAAUGUGCUUUCGCAACGGUGCGACACGCUGGCUGGAUGGUGGGCUUUACUUAUUGAGAAAGAGACAAGGAAGCAGGCUCGAAAAGAACGUAAACGGAAGGAAAGAGAAGCAGAGUUGAAAAUCCUGCGGCGGCUAAGUGGUGCUAGCGCUAGGCUGGAGAGGAUUGCGCCCACACUGGUCGAGGUCGAUGAAGAGCAUUCGCCCCCAGAGCUGGCCGAACACCGUCGGAGCACCAGUCGAGGCAGGACACAACGGCGAAGUACGCCUCAGAUAUUGGUUGGCGACUUGCCUCAACUUCCCGAAGGAGACGUGAUCAGGUCUCCUGGUGCUGAAACGCCACCGCCGCCACCAAUCGAUAAAGACUCUGUGCGGUCUCGGAGCGGUUCCCGACCUCCCAUACCAUCCAAGGAUCGCACUCGACGGAGCAGCACGCUACAGCUCGUGACAACAAAUCCCGAUUUACUGGGGCCCCUGAAUGGAGUGAACAAGAGACGGAGUGGGAGGUUUCGCAAUCGACAAUUUCUGAACCAGCUUACAGCGUUGAAGCAGUGGAUCGUCGACUCUACGAAACGAGCCAAAUCACCAGUCAGUCCUAGAAUUGAGAAAUUCUUGAAUGGACAUUCCAACAACGUGUCCAAAGCAACUCUUUCUAAAGACUCGAACCAGAUAAAUAAGAGCAACAAGAAUCUCACAGGCACGACGAAUCCGCACACUUCUAACGGCGCUGCACUCAUUCCCGUCAUUUCCAACUCGAAACCUCUUCCUUCUGUGAUAAAUCCCGCGCCUCGAGUCGAUACAGCCCGUGGGAGACCUCAUCGCAACUCUCUCUCACCGUCACCUGUAACUCCCCGUUCUUCGUACCGCCGCAGUUCCACCGGUCUACGAAGUCGGAAAUCGACAUCUUCGUCCGUUUCAUCGAUCCGAAGCAUGGCACGACACAACACCUCUCACAGUAAAGCCUCCUCCCAGAGUUCCAACAACAGCCUUGACACGAUCCAGAGUCCCACGAGCCGUACGGUUAGUCUCAAUGGCCGCUCCCCUCAUCCGUCGAUAAAAGUGCUCCCUGUGACACCUACCGCCAAUGCUUUCCCUUCGAAUAUUCGGAUAGUCCGAACGCCGAGAGGCUCCGACGCCGGUCUUCAGCCUCGCCCGCUUUCCGGGGUAGGCAGUGAGAUACUCCAUCAUCCACCGGGGACCCCGCAGGCCAACGCUUUCGGGUCGAAUGUCAUGUUUGCUCGGCGGAAGAAAUCACCCUUCAAAGGCCCCUCGCUUAACUCGGCCUUUUUCUCCGCGUCAACACUCCCCGCCGCGUUCGGAAGCCCUGCUAUUGUUGGCACUGGCAGGAACCGUGAAGGGUCAGACGGGAAGCUCAACUUAGGGCUCAAAGAUUUUAUGGCCGGAGGGGGUAGAAGGGGCAGCAAUUCGAAGAGGAAAAGUCAAAUCAUCGAAGAAGAGGAAGAGGAUGAGCACGCCGCCAUUGGUGAGGAAGAGGAAGAUGUUGAGGAAGUCGACACAUUUCAAGCGGUUCAUCUCAACAAGGGCGAAAGACUCGACAGUAUUACGAUUUGGAAUGAUGCCGUUCCAGAGGGGGCGGCUGGAGACGAUUAUGGCACCGACGACAGACGGAAGGAGGGGAUAGGGAUCUACACCUGA